GCUCUCCUGCUUUCCUGCAGCCAUGUCGGUCAACACUCCUCCCGGAUCUACUGGUUCUCCUGCUCCCGCUUCUCCUGAAAAUAAUGCGUCCACAAAUCAACAAAAUAAUGCGCUUGCAGACCGUAUGGUCCUCGACUACCUGCGUGCUCGAGGUCAUGCUGCUGCUGAGAAGGCUCUCGCAAGUGCCGUCGAAUCUGCCUCUCCUGACGAUAAAGGAAAGCAACCAGAAACUCUUACCUCCGAAGAUCUGGUCAAAGCUCUCGCAGUAUUCGCUCAGAAACCUUCUCGGCCAGGCGAAAAUAUUCUCAAGGAUCCUUCAAAUGUUCUGACCGAACUCACGUCAUUGGGAAAUCCGUCGAGUAUUCAGAAUCUAAUAGCUAGUAUCGGCUCCGUUGGAGCAGAAGAUAUACUGUCAUUGGAUCCCACAGAUAAGCAAGAGGGAUUUCGAGAGUUGGAAGCUUGGGUCGAGGGAUCCCUGGAUAUGUACCGACCUGAAUUUCGGCCAAUACUGUUCCCAAUAUUCUGUCACUUCUAUCUGGAUCUCAUACAACGCGGUUUCAAGGAUGCAGCGCUUCGCUUUUUCUCCUCUUUCUCAGCAUCUCUUGCUCCUGCUCACACAACAAUACUACACCAUCUCUCCACUCUCUUGCUUCCCUCCCACGUUCAAAACGACGAGCUGGCCCAACGCUUCCGUGAUGAAAAGUAUGUCAUUCGAAUGAGUCGUUCAGGUUUUGGUUUGCUCGUAGGGUGGUUGACAGAGGGUGUCGGAGGUGAGGCAUCGGGCGCAGGCGAAGGCUUCUCGGGCGAAAAGGGCAAAAGAGGACGUGCAGCAGUCAUGCGCGUUGUCAACAACCAUCUUCGAUUUGAUGUCACUUCCUCAAAUCCCACUUCAGUCGCACCUAACACUUGGGAAGAAUCUACGGGCCUACUAUCAUCACUGAUCCCUCAAACAAACGGGGCUGCCACAAAAAUUACCAAUCCUCAAGCCUUCAAUACGUCGAAAGGCGACCUUAAACUUGGUCCUAGGCCGAUAGCCGAGGAUCUUCGUGUAGAAUCAGAACGCCUGCUACGGGAGCAAGCCAUGGUCGAUCGGGAUCCCAACGCUCAAUAUGACAUCCAGUAUGCCAGACCGCCUCUAUUGCCAGGUGUUCUCCCUGUAUCAGAAUCGGACCUUUUACCUCACCCUCCCACGUUCAAAACCACCGACGUGGAACGAGAGAUCCAUGCUGUACGGGACGCACGCCGGAGAAUUCGACUUGAACCUUCAGCCCUUAGUAACAUCGACAUCAACUCUCCUCAAGCCAAUACAGCGAGGGCGCGCGCUCUCCCCAGUAUUUGUGCUUAUACAUUACACAAUAUUGUAGAAGGAGCACCCUGCAUGACCUUUUCUCAAGAUACUUCAUUGAUGGCCGCUGGUUUCGCUGAAAGUUAUAUCAGAUUAUGGAGUCUCAAAAACGAGAAACUCAAAGGUAUGAGGAGUGAUUUUACAUCAAGCGCUGUCAAAGAUGCCGCAUCUCUUCGCAAAAUCAAGGAAAAGAAAGGUAGCACGACUCGGAAGUUAGUCGGACAUAGCGGGCCUGUUUAUUCACUUGCGUUCGAUCCUCUCAACGGCUCCGCAAGCCCUCCUAGAUAUCUUCUGUCAGCGUCAGCGGAUGCUACAGCGCGUUUGUGGUCUAUGGAAACGAUGAGCAACGUCGUUGCUUUUCGUGGGCAUGAGAAUCCGAUAUGGGAUAUCAAAUGGAGUCCCAUAGGAGUCUACUUUGCUACUGCGAGCAGAGAUCGGACAGCUCGGUUGUGGUCGACAGACCGUACGAGCUGUUUGCGCAUCUAUGCGGGGCACUUAAGUGAUGUGGAUUGCAUUGAGUUUCAUCCAAAUUCUCUGUACCUUGCUACUGGAUCCAGUGAUUGGACAGCCCGAUUAUGGGAUGUUCAACGAGGUUCAUGCGUACGGGUAUUCAUUGGACAGCAAGGCGCCGUGACUUCAAUGGCUAUCAGCCCAGAUGGACGAUAUCUAGCGACUGGAGGAGAGGAUCUGGCUAUUAAUUUGUGGGACAUCAGUUCUGGAAAGAGAGUCAAGAAGAUGUCUGGGCACACGGCGUCGAUAUAUUCUCUGGCAUUCAGCGCAGAGUCUUCUUUGCUUGUUAGCGGAGGUGCUGAUUGGACCGUUCGAUGUUGGGAUGUAAAAAGCGCAGGAGGAUCGCCUAGCAAGCCGCGGGAGAACGGGACUACACAGUACACGCCAUUAGGGCUCGCAAGUAACGGCGCAAUUGUCAGUGGUUCAAACGACGAAGAAGCUUCCGAGACAACUGAUCUCCUUGCGACCUUCCCGACUAAAAGAACUCCAAUCACGAAUGUACAGUUCACGCCUAGGAAUCUCUGCCUCGUAGGAGGGAAUUAUCUCUCUCCGGAUGUGCGAUGAUCCGAACAUCGUCGUUGUAGCACCAUUGUGAGGCCAUGUACUAAUUAGCCUAACUUAUUUAGCUUGUCGACAAUUCGUAUUCUUCAACCUCCUCCAAGAAUGUCACUAACAAACCUCACCGCGGCCUCCAGCUGCGAAGAUUGUCCGUUCUCGAUCAAGCUACGAAGAAUGGCGACAAACUCUCCAAGGUUUCCACCCCGCACGGCAUUAUUCAU